GGACAAGCACAUAAUUCAGGUGACAACAAGUCUAAUUUUGAGUUACGUGGGUUAAAGUGGACAAAAAAAACGAAAAGUCAUUUUUGAUGCAUUAAUAAAGUAAAAAUAUCCAAAAUUGCUUUAAGAACAAUAUCGACGAUAUGGCACGCUAUAUCUUCCGACCCUGUAUAAUUUGUUAUUUUGACAAAGGGUUUUGAAGCACAACUAACUCGUUUUCCUAUAUGAAGCAAAAAAAAUGCUCAAUUAACUUAUAAGAGAAUUGUCUUUGCCUUGGAAGGCAAUUAUUGCUGGCGACAAAAAGGCAACAUCAGGCCAGGUGGGUAAGCAUAUUUAUUUAGGUGUUUUGCAAUGUCAAAUACAAGGAUGAUUAUAUACAUCGAUGAAGAUUCUUUCCCAGUUCGAAAGGUUUUCGCAAGGUCAUAGUUUUCAGUUCAAUAUGAAGAUCGUACUUCUCUUCUCUCUCAUCUAUGCUGCCACAUCAUUUAAAUUACAAAAGAUUGGCAAUGGCUUCCUUUUCCAGGGAGACAUGGUGAUGAGGAAGGAUCAGAUUGAUGUUGCCAUUCGCGGUGGUGACGUCGAUGCAACAAAUGGUCCGUCGACGUUUGGCAUGUCAAAAUCUUCUAACUUGAAAUGGCGUAAAGGAAUCGUACCUUAUGUGCUAUCAGACAGCGUUAAAAAUGCAUUAUUGAACAAAAUCGGUUUAAAAGGUCCAACAGAAAAGGCAAUUUUAAGUGCCAUGAAGGAAUGGGAAGAGAAAACGUGCAUACGAUUCAAGCCGAGAACCACCGAGAAGGAUUAUGUUGAGUUUAUUGAUGAUGGUUUUCCCAGCAUACUACUGAAAAUUGAAUGCAGCUAUUUCAAUCAAUGUGACAUCUCCCCCAACCAGGCCGAACUUGCCACCCAACCACCUAGAAUCAAUUCGUUGGAGGUUUUACUCUCUUUAGAGGUUUAUCCUCGGAAGUCAAAAAUCUUUAAAAGAAGUCUAAUUUCCUCUAAUGAUAAUUUUUGUUUUAUCCAAAAAGUCAAAUCUUUCUUCAGGUGCUACUCUUACGUUGGACGUGUUGGUGGUAAGCAAGUUAUCUCUCUUGGUUUUGGUUGCUUCUUUCAUGGCAUUGCUGUUCAUGAAAUCGGACAUGCUCUAGGACUUCACCAUGAGCAAUCAAGACCCGAUAGAGACCAGUAUGUCAAAAUCAUAUGGGCUAAUAUCAAGGAUGAUGAGAAACACAAUUUCGAGAAGUACUCUCAUUCAACAAUCGACAGUCUUGGCAGCCCCUAUGAUUACGGAUCGAUCAUGCACUAUGGCGCUCGCGAUUUUGCAAAAUGGCCAUGGCAGAAGACAAUUGUGCCAAAGAAAAGUGGAGUCAGUAUUGGACAGAGAUCGCAUCUAAGUAAGCAAGAUGCACUGCAGAUAAGAAAGUUUUAUGGUUGCAAAUGGGCUGGCAAUGGCUAUCUUUUCCAAGGAGACAUGGUGAUGAGAAAGGACGAGAUUGAUGUUGCAUUACGCGGUGGAGAUGUCGAUGAACCAACGGGUCCUUCAAUGUUUGGCAUGUCAAAAUCUUCUUACCGAAAAUGGCCUCAAGGAGUUGUACCCUAUGUUCUAUCAGACAGUGUUAAAAAUGCAGCGUUGAACAAAAUCGGUUUAAAAGGUCCAACGGAAAAAGCCAUUUUAAGCGCGAUGAAAGAAUGGGAAGAGAAAACGUGCAUACGAUUUAAGCCGAGAACCAACGAAAUGGAUUAUGUGGAAUUUAUUGAUGAUGGUUUUGGAAAGUGUUACUCUUACGUUGGACGUGUUGGUGGUAAACAGGCCAUCUCUCUUGGUAUCGGUUGCUUCUAUCAUGGCAUUGCUGUUCAUGAAAUCGGGCACGCUUUAGGGCUUCACCAUGAGCAAUCAAGACCUGAUCGAGAUCAAUACGUUGAAAUCGUAUGGGACAAUAUCAAGGAGGAUUACAAACUCAAUUUCAAGAAGUAUUCUCAUUCUACAAUCGACAGUCUUGGUAGCCCCUAUGAUUACGGAUCGAUCAUGCACUAUGGCGCUCGCGAUUUUGCAAAAUGGCCAUGGCAGAAGACAAUUGUGCCAAAGAAAAGUGGAGUUAGUAUUGGACAGAGAUCGCAUUUAAGUGAGCAAGAUGCUUUGCAAAUCAGAAGGUUUUAUGGUUGCCAAUAAGCUCUUGAACGCUGUAUCGAUGAAAAAGAUAACUAUUAAAAUUACUAUUGUAGCUAUGCUAUCCUGUGAUUUCUUGUUGCAAAGUUUUCUUAAUCAUGUUUAAAAAUAACAUA